UCAACAACCAUGGAGAGUGUACUGAAAGUUGGUUUAGUUGGUGCUGGAGAAGUUGCCCAAACUAUCGUAUUACCAAACCUGCGUCUUUUAUCACAUAGGUUUAAAGUAGAAGCUAUCUGUGAUAUAUCAGAAAACGCUAUCGAUCAUGUCUCUGCCAAGUUCAAUAUAGAUAAGAAAUACAGGAAAUAUCAAGAUAUGCUGGCCGAUAAUGACGUUGAAGCUGUUAUGGUGUUGGCAGCAGAUGAAUUCCAUGCGCAGAUUGCAAUCGAUGCAUUAGAAGCUCGUAAAGCGGUUUUCAUCGAGAAGCCAAUGGCCUUGAGUGUCCAAUCUGCAGAUGCGAUCAUAGAUGCACGCAAUAGGACAAAUGGUGUCGUUUUUGUUGGAUAUCAACGUAGAUAUGCAGAAGCAUUCAAUCAAGCUGUUGAAAUUGUGAGAUCUAUGGAUAAAAUCUCAUAUGCACGCGUUCGUGAUAUUAUCGGUCCUAAUAGUAUAUUCGUCGGACAAUCUGGAACAUAUCCUCAGAAAUUCUCUGAUUUUAGUCCAGAAGCAACAGAAGAAAUGCGUCUUCGUUCAAAACAGAUUGCUCAAGAAGCACUUGGUACUUCUGACACAAGUAGUAAAGCAUAUGGACUCUACAGAUUGCUAGGAUCUUUAGGCUCACACGAUUUGUCGGCAAUGAGGGAAAUUUUAGGAGGUAUUCCUAAACGCGUGUUGGGUGUAUCCAACACUGCUCCUACUAACGCUGGUGGUUUCCUUACUGCUUUGUUUGACUACGGCGACUUCGUGGCUACCUACGAGACCGGUGUUGACGAAGUUGGCUUAUUCGACGCUCACAUAGAAGUCUAUGGUGGCGGAAAACGCGUGAGAGUUGAAUAUGACACCCCAUAUGUCAAGGGUUUGCCUAUCAAACUUGUCAUUGGCGAGACUAUAGAUGGUGCAUACGUUGAACGCGUCAUCAGACCUACUUACGAAGAUGCUUAUACUAUUGAGUACAACGCUUUCUACGACGCGAUCCGACAUGGUAAGCCAAUCAAGACAACAGCUGAGGAUGCAAAGCAAGAUCUUGCGAUAUUCAAGAUGCUCACAGAUGCUUUCGCACAACACACUUGAAUCUAUGACUGUAAAUGCAUAAUUGGAUGAAUUAGAAAUUUU